AUGGCAUCCACGGCCCCUAAUACAAAAGCUCCGGCUACACCUUCGCCGUUUCUUUCGCUUUCACCCGCCCACCUCGCCCGGCUCCAACCGCAUACCUACGUUUACGCGCAUCUAAACCCUUCACCUGAUAUUUCUAGACCAUCCAUCCGCAUAAAUGGUCGUUCAGAGUCCCAAUUCCGCCCGGCAAGUGUCAACACUGGCUCUUUGUCUCAUACGAAUGGUAGCGCGGUGGUUCGGAUUGGCGACACAACUGCGGUAUGUGGGGUCCGUGGGGAGAUUUUAUCAACACAUGAUAUACCCGCAUGGAAGGUUUCGAAUAAUGGUGCAGGUUCUAGCUGGGGUUCGCCACAAAGGCGGAAUCAAGACCAUGACGCCGAGGACGAGGACUAUGAUGAGGACGACUCAGAAAUUCAUGCAUUCAACCUCUUAGUUCCGAAUCUCUCUCUUAGCACGGGCUGCUCGCCGUCUAUACUUCCUGGUUCUGCACCUUCGUCGCUCGCUCAAUCGCUAUCACACCGACUCCUUUCCCUCCUUCAUUCCUCACGACUAAUACGAGCAAGUGAUUUACGAAUUUGGUCCAAUCCAAACCCCACGGAAGCUCCAUCCCAAGAACAAUCUGAGGAUAUCGACAUGGAGGAUACUCCCGCUUUCACUGACUCGAUUGGAGCCCCAGAGCUCAAGGCAUUUUGGACCCUCUACAUUGAUGUUCUAAUAAUUUCCCAUGCGGGAAGUCCGUUCGAUGCAGCCUGGGCGGCGAUAGUUGCCGCGUUACAAGAUGUGCGGCUUCCCAAAGCGUGGUGGGACAUAGAUAAUGACAUGGUUCUUUGUUCAGAUCGUGUAUCGGAGUCCAAAAAGUUGCGAUUGCGGGGGAUGCCUAUAUCAAGCUCAUUUGCUGUUUUUGAAGCAGAUCCUGUUGGAGAUUGGAGGAAAGUUAUCAUUCCACUUCAGGAUGGAGAGCCGAAAGAGAAAGACCAGACGAGUGCCGAUGAUGGCGAUGCUGCAAGAAGGAAACGAUGGAUACUUGCGGAUCCUGAUGCUUUUGAGGAGAGUCUUUGUCAGGAACGGGUAUGCAUUGUAGUGGAUAAGGAUGGGAAGAAGCCGGGUUGCAUGAAGAUUUUGAUGAUGGAAAAAGGUGGUGGAUUCUACGUUGGAAAAAGUGAGAUAAAAGGACUUGUGGAGUUGGCAUCUGUGAGGUGGGAGGAGUGGCGCGCCUUAUUGGAAGGGUUGCGAUGA